UCGAUUCCUUUAUGUUCACUGAAGAUUCAAUCUUGUCACCUCCAUUUCUUGCAAUUCUUACUCAUCAGAAACAAAGAGACAUGGAGAGAGAUAGUCUAGAAGAAGAUGGCCUCUCAACCAGCUCUCUGCUUCUCAAAGAAGUCUCAAAUUGUGGCAAUCACUGCAACUCUACAUCUUCCAGUGAUUCUUCUGUCACAGCUCUUCUUGUAUUUAGCACACUGGUCGCUGUUUGCGGGUCUAUUGCAACUGGCUGCGCUGUGGGUUAUUCGUCGCCAGUUAAGUCUGGCAUAAUGGAAGAUCUGGGACUUUCUGUAGCGGCGUAUUCACUUUUUGGCUCGAUGCUGACAAUUGGAGGACUAACAGCAGCUUUAGUAAAUGGAACUAUAACAGAUAUGAUCGGUCGAAAGCGUACAAUGUGGCUUUCUCAAAUACUUUCCACCGCUGGAUGGCUUUCUAUAGCACUUACCAAGGUUCCUUCCCUUCCUCUUGACUCUCCAAAUUCUCCUCAGAGGUUGCCAACAUGUGUGCUAUUUGAACUUAGCAAAUGGAAUAGGAAAUGCUCUAAAGAGAAUUUACUGAAUGCUUGGUGGCUCGAUGCUGGAAGAGCAUUAAUAGGAUUUGGCGUCGGGCUCACAGGCUAUGUGGUACACGUAUACAUCGCAGAAAUAACACCUAAAAAUGUCCGGGGAGCAUUUGCUUCAUUCAAUUCGUUCAUGCUUGCCUGUGGCUUUUCAUUGGCAUACUUUAUUGGGACUAUUGUUUCCUGGCGCGCAUUGGCUUUGAUCGGUGGAAUUCCUGGUGUAAUACAAAUUUUCAGUUUAUACUUCAUACCAGAGUCACCUAGAUGGUUGGUAAAAGUGGGUCAAAAACAGGAGUUUGAAGCUGCCCUACAGAGACUCAGAGGCAAAAGUGCCGAUAUUUCCCAGGAAGCGACCGACAUCACAAUCUACACAGAAACCUUUGAAAGGCAAUCUUGGUCCAGAUUUUCAGAUGUGUUUCAACAAAGAUAUGCUCAUUCACUCACAGUAGGACUUGGACUGAUGCUGCUUCAGCAGUUUGGCGGAGUUAGCGCUUUCUCAUACUAUGCAAGCACCAUUUUUGAAUCAGCCGAUUUUUCAACUAGCAUUGGCACCAGGAGCGUGGCUAUUGUUACAAUGCCAGCACUCGCAAUUACCGUAAUCUUGACUGAUAGAGCUGGACGCCAACCGCUUUUGAUGGUUUCUUCUGCUGGAGUGUGCUUAAGCUGUUUAAUCCUAGGAUUGUUAUUUUACAUGCAGGAUCUGCACAAUUGGAAGGAUGUCACUCCGAUUUUGGUUUUCCUAGCUAUAUUGGCAUAUUUUGUAUUUGCGUCGGUCGGCAUGCAAGGACUGCCAUGGAUUCUAAUGUCCGAGAUAUUCCCAGUAAAUGUAAGAGGGAGAGCAGGAAGCCUGGUGACCUUCACCCACUGGUCCUGUUCCUGGAUUGUGAGCUACACUUUCAACUUCAUGUUCGAAUGGAGCGCACCCGGGACAUUUUUCAUAUUCGCGGGCGUUUGUGGCUUAGCGAUCCUGUUUACUGUGAAGUUAGUGCCAGAGACCAAAGGGCGCGCCCUGGAAGAACUGCAAGCAUCACUUGCUCAUUUUUCAGCAGUGAGUUAAAUUAAUGAAUCUUCUAUUAGUCAAACGACAUUGCAACUACGCCUAUUGGGAUGUCAAAAGACCUUUGUGGGAUCAACAUUUUAUUCCUGAUUGUUGCAAAGAAUGAACUGCAACGUGAAAUGGAAGAGCAAAAGCGUUGUAAAUUCCUUGUC